AGGACCCACAGCUGGGAGGAACUCCCACACAAAAAAAGUUGCUUGAGUCACGUACAGGGAUGUCAGUUUGACUGAGACACGCUCGUUGAUCUUGUAUGUGCCUAUUACCCCCGCGGUGCCAUGGAUUUUAAUGUAAAGCGGUUAGCUGCAGACGCCGGUACUUUUCUAAGCCGUGCGGUACAAUUUACAGAAGAGAAACUUGGUCAGGCUGAAAAGACAGAGUUGGACGCUCAUUUGGAGAAUCUCCUGGUCAGAGCCGAGAACACCAAGCAUUGGACGGAGCGGAUCAUGAAGCAGACGGAAGUCUUGCUGCAGCCCAACCCAAAUGUCCGGCUAGAAGAAUUUGUGUACGAGAAACUGGAGAAAAAAGCCCCGACGCGAAUGAACAACCAUGAGCUGCUGGGCCAGUCCAUGAUCGAGUCGGGAGGUGAAUUUGGUCCUGGCACUGCCUAUGGAAAGGCUUUGAUAAAAUGUGGUGAGACGGAGAAGCAGUUAGGUGGGGCAGAACGGGAGUUGAUCCAAAGUUCCGCCAUCAACUUCCUGACACCUUUCAGAAACUUCUUAGAGGGAGACUUCAAAACCAUCCUGAAAGAGAAGAAACUGCUGCAGGUCAAACGUUUGGAUUUGGAUGCAGCUAAAACCAAACUCAAGAAAGCCAGGAUGGCUGAUGGUAGAGCUGCGGCCGAGCAGGAGCUGAGGAUGACCCAGAGUGAGUUCGACCGGCAGGCGGAGAUCACCCGGCUGCUGCUGGAAGGCGUCAGCAGCACCCACGCCCACCACCUGCGCUGCUUGAAUGACUUUGUGGAGGCCCAGAGUACGUACUACGCUCAGUGUUACCACUACAUGGUGGACCUCCAAAAGCAGCUGGGCAGCUUCCCCUCCACGUUCUCCAACAACAACCGGUCGUCGGCGCCGGGCGGCAUCUCGGUGUCGGCCUCCCUGCCCAGCGCGCCGGCGGGCCGCAGCAGCUCGGCGGCGUCGGGCGGCUUCAAUGAGCUGCGCAGCUCCAACGGCAGCCGCAAAGCCCGCGUGCUCUACGACUACGACGCGGCCAGCAGCAGCGAGCUCUCCCUGCUGGCUGACGAGGUGAUCGUCGUCAGCAGCGUCGUCGGUAUGGAUUCUGAUUGGCUGAUGGGCGAGCGCGGCAACCAGAAUGGCAAAGUGCCCAUCACUUACCUGGAGUUGCUUAACUGAGACCCCCCCCCCCCCAGCCCUCUGUAACCCGAUGUGAUCUCGUAUUUAAAUUGCGUUGCAGGGUCGAGCCUCACUUUCCCUUCCACUCGGCCAUUUUAGAAUGAGUUAUAUUUCUAUGAAAAGGAGUCUCAGUUUUAGCGGACGUGGUGGAAUACGUUUGAAAGAAGGAAGGAGAGCGGACCCCAAACUCCCCGAUGUGUUUGUAUGCAGCUGUCGUAUCCUUCUAUAACAUGCUUCCAUACCUUUUGUGCUUGAUGCCAUGCGAUCUGCAAUAUGUGCCAAAACAUCUCCCAAACUGUAACUUUAAAAAAAAAAAUGUUUACAAUAUAAAUCUCAGAUGGUGACUUCAAUGCUUUUUUAUGUGAGGGUUUUAUUUCUCUUCCCUCACUGCAAAUUAUUUCAAGUAGCGAUAGAGUAGACACUUCUUUUUAUAACACAAAAAUGCACUUCAGUUUGAAGUGGAGAGUGACGCUUAUUAUUAAGUCAUAUUUCAUAAUAAUUGCUAAUCUUACGGCACAUUAGCUCUUAUGGUUAUCCAAAGAAUGAGUUUUUAUUAUCAUUAUCGUAAGUGUUGAGCGGCAGCUUUACUCGGAUGGAGCGAUGCCGGACAGCGAGUUUAACGCGUUGUUCCGGUACAUUCGGUUGAUGAGGCGUCGUUUCCUGCUGCUGACCACGCGGCGCUGAGGCGCCAUGCCAGGCACCGUUGGGUGGCCAUCGCAGCGGCCCGGCCUCCCUCAAACCUCUCGCCUUGUUCGCAGCUCCACCGGCUGCACGAAGACGCUCUAUUCCGUCUCUAAGUAUUGAACCCCAAUACUUUCAUUUAAGUUAUUGCCAGUUGGAAACCAGCAUUUUGGAAGUAAAUCUACCUGAAAAUGGCCAUUAUCUCUGAUUUAAAUUAUUGACUUGUGUAUUGUACAUAAAUACACAGUGUGUGACGUGUUUGUUGUCACUGCCGUUGGUCCACUUGGUGUCUCAAAGCCGGAAAGUAAAAAUAUUUCCCUUAAACUUGCAUCUCCACGAUGAAAAAAAAAAAAUGCCUCGUUACAUUCUGGGAGAUGAACGUAUAUUAUUCCAUGGCUACUUUUUGUUUUUGUGUGUAACUGAUAAGAUGGCAUACAAUCGUAAAAUAAAAAUACAAUGUGAUGCGUUAAAAUAAGAA